AUCAACUUAAAAUAUGUUCCGAUUCAUGUUUCAGUUCAAUUACUUUAUGGACUAGUAGGGUGAGGUUCACAAAUUAGUUUGCUUGCAUAGUUUUCAUAUUUAUGUAAAUUUUCUUAUAUUUACUGCAUCACAGUAUAUUUUGAGAGAAAACAGAUAAGUAUAUAAAAACGUUUCAAUACAGUUGGAACUUGGAAGCCAUAUUAAACCUUCUUGAAGCUAACUGUUUUAUUGUUUUUACAGUAAUCUCAAUUUUUAACUCUUUUUGAAUCAUUUUUAUCUCAACUGAUUGAUCUAGUUUAGGUCAACGUUAAUACAUUCACAUAAUGUAUCUCCCAGCAUUGGUGUAUUUAAUUCUUACUGAAUGCGCUCCAGAGCUUUGAAGUCAUGCAGACUGAAACUGCUGCUUACUAAUUAUUUAUCAUUCUUCAGCUCUACUACUGCCAAAGGUAUUAAAAGUUUCUUUUUAUGGUGUUGAAAAUUCCUUACUCUGCGACCGUCCUAGGGAUAUGUACAGGCAUUUUGCAUGAAAUUACACUGGAAUGUUGUUUGCCAUCUAGCUGCCAGGUGGAGUCUUUCAGCACUGUACAGUCCAGGACUUCAUGCAUGGAUACCUUUUCGUUCUUCCCUGCAUGUACAGAGUGGUGUCAGGGUGUUCUGUGUUGAAAACCCUGGGGAAUUAGAUGCUGCACUUCAGGUUACAAACUCACUGAACUCGACUGCAUGUCUUCACACAUCUUUCAUCAGUGAUCUUGUCAGACAGGAAAUUAAUUUACAAAGCAAAUGAAGCUCCGACCAACCAGCACAAUGACACAUACAAAGACCGCAGAUGACAAGCAACACACCCUCUCUCUCAGCUCCAGAAAACAACUACUGGAACAAUUAAUCACUGAACAGCAAGAAGUUAAUGCCAUUGCGCAGCCACUGCUGGAGACUGAGGCUGUAUUCAUAAAGAAUCUGGAUCACUACCUCUCUCACAGAGACACACUGGAAUUGAGGAAAAGUAAACUGCUCUAUAAGCGCUGGACACAGAGUGUGUGGCUGCCAAUACAGCGGAGUAUUGAGCAACACUUUACACACCAUGGCUACAGUGAGACACAGAAGAUGAGGAGCAUGCAUGCACACUACAUCAACUACUGUAAUGCUAAGGGUUUUGUGUUUCUAGAGAGUUACGAUCCGCUAGAGUACAACCCUUUCCUGCACCAUUUCAACACACAUUAUCGCAAAAUUUCCACCCCAAAAUUGGAAGAUCCUCUGUCUCUUCAGUCACGAGCCAGGAUUAAGGAAAAGACGGCAAUACUUCGCUGCCAAACAGGUCAUGUCUAUCGCCGUCAGCAGGUGGAGGAAAUUCUCCGGAGUCCACCUGCUUCCCAACAGAGCCUUAAACAGUCACAGGCUAAACUCUCCAGAGAUACUACCUCACAGAGACUUUGGGAGGACUACAGUCUGUUUAGAUCAAGGAGUAAAGGCUCUAUAAAUACAGCUGUGGCAGAGGGAUGCUGCUGCCACACUAAGUGCUGGUCCUCCAGUGGUUGAUGACAACAUUCAAUAGGGCCUUUUUGACAUCAGGUUGUAUGGACACACGUCUUCCCUUACUGUGGAUGGUGGCGCUCGUUAUACCAUUUAAGUGCAAUACAUAAUGAGUUGACAGUAUGUAAUGUGUGUAGUGCUUAUUAUGUUCUGCAAUAAACAGUAAGGUGAGCAGAUUUUCUCAAUCAAAUGUAGUUUGAGCCAUAUUAAAAGGCACAUGUAACUUUUUUUGUUCAAAAUGUAAAGUCACUACAUCAAUCUUUCAUCCAAAUGUUUAAUUACUCAACAGCUGAGUAUUUUAUUGAACAGAUGAACUGCCAUUUUGUAUCACCCUAACAUUUUAGGGUACACCAACAGGUAUGCAGAUGACACAGUAAUUACAACUCGUAAAACUUCCCUGGAGAAUUUGAACAAACCUAGAUCUCUGCUGCUUGUAAUAUGUGUGCCCUCAUACUAGUCACAUCAUGUUGAUAUGACUUGUCUUCCAUAAAUGGAUAUAUGCAGAAUAAAGGUUCUGGUUCGAC